AUGAGUUCUUCUUAUGCACUACUGGUUAUGCUAACGGUGGCCAGUAUAGUACACAUUGACUGCUUGCCGUUCAAUGAGGGCCUAGAUAUUACGACCUAUUCACCGUCCCUUGAAUCUUCCGAGCCGUCUAUCCCGGAUCUGGUGACCGGCCUGGAAUCGGACAGCGAGAAAACACAAUCUGACCCGGUCGUUGCUGAAACCGAGAAGCCAGUCAAACUGAACGAACGCGGCAAGUCUGGAAAACGGCCUGUUUCUCGGAUGUGGUACUGUAAGCGAAUUUGUGUGCGUCCGCACUGCUAUCGUCGCUGUUGGUGGCGUUGA